AAUGGCAAAACGGGCCGACGUUGAUUCCAAUUCCUACUCACUCAAGAAAUUUAAGCUCUACGAGACGAGAGCGGUAAGGAUAUGGAAUUUUGAAUCAUUUAUUUUGACUUUUGUGUUUCCUGUUUGUUUCUUAGGAAAAUGAAGGAAUAAUGAUGUGAAGAAGAGCUCAGAGUGACUGGGGGAACGAGUUCUAUACCUUCCUCUUUUGGCUCAGAUCAAUGGAAAAAGAGUUAUUUGCAAUUUUUUAAGAGAAAAAUGAAAUUGAUCCGGAGUUAGUAUUAAGACUUCUGUGUUCUGUUUGGUUGCCAAGAAAAUGUGACUGCUUUUUUUGUUUUUUUAAUCAAAUCAUCUAUUGCAUCGUUCAAUUGACCCUGAUUUUCACCCUUUUUUUUUUUUUCUUUUCUAGAAAUGAAGUUAAUAAAAAUAGAGGUUUAGUUAAAUCCUAAAAUGGAGUUUGGCUUGGCUUGGCCUUUGUUGGAAACGCUUAUGGGAUUGCAGGUUAAUGUUGGGUUGUUCUUAUUCUGGCACUUAAAGGAUGGAUCCUAUGGAGAUACUCCAAUUGGCUUUGAUCAUUGCAGGUUGCAUUAAGUUUUUGGAGUCAUACUACUUGAUCCUGGUCACAAAGAGGCAUCAAAUUGGAUGUAUAUGUGGUCAUUCAAUAUAUGGUAUUGAUGAAAACCAGUUGAUUGCUAUUCCACAUGUCUCUAUUCAAUCUGAUGUGGCACAUUCCAAAACUGAGCUAAGGUACAAAAAGUUGCCAUCCAGUGUGGAUUUCACCAAAGAUUUUUUCUACAGUUAUACAUAUCCCAUAAUGCAAAGUUUGCAAAGAAAUGUAUUGCACACAGGAGAAGAAGGGAUGCCAUAUAAUAAUAUAUUUGUCUGGAAUUCCUAUUUAACUCAAGCUAUUCGAUUGAAAUGCAACAAUACUUUCUGGACAAUAGCAUUAGUUCAUGGGCAUUUUAAACAGGUAUUCAUCUCCAUUCUGCUUUGUGAUGACAGACUAGGCUGUCAAUUUUUGGGAGAGAUUUCAGUGUUUCUCUAGUUUCAAGAUGUUCUCGGCUUUUUGCGGGAACAUGGUGAGUUCUUUACCUCUAAGUUUAAUUUUGUUUUGUUACAUUUUUCAGUUUCAUUUGAAAAAUUAACAGCUUUUCUUAUAAAAACUACAAAUGGGAUUAUUGAGUUUCAUUAACAAAGGAAUAAUAGUUCAGUUGAAUU